GAAAAAGAAUAAAAGAAACGAGCGGCAGUGAGGUAGGUCCCUGUUCCUGUUGGAAUACACACGCGCUUUUACCUUUCUCAUCAAUUCAUUCAUCAAAAUCACUCCCUACGCUUUUAAAUACAAUCGAAGAGAGAGUAUUGUUCUUAAUUUCUUAAUCCUCCGUCGUGGGUGGCGAUGUUGUUCUUCUCCGGAGCGGAUUCUCAGAUCCAUGGAGCAGGCUCAUAUUAUUAAGCCAAAGCCUCUCAGAUCCGCGGUGGCGGCGUGACGGAAAUGAAGUCCUCAAGCCGUCUCUUCACGAUCGGACUGGUGUCGGCGUGGUACUCCUCCAACAUUGGGGUACUGCUCCUCAACAAGUACCUUCUCAGCAACUAUGGCUUCAAGUAUCCUAUCUUCCUCACCAUGUGCCACAUGACCGCCUGCUCCCUCUUUAGCUACGUUGCCAUCGCCUGGCUCAAGAUGGUCCCCAUGCAGACCAUCCGCUCCCGCCUCCAGUUCCUCAAGAUCGCCGCCCUCAGCCUCGUCUUCUGCGUCUCCGUCGUCUUCGGCAAUGUCUCCCUCCGCUACCUUCCUGUGUCUUUCAACCAGGCCGUCGGCGCCACCACCCCCUUCUUCACCGCCGUCUUCGCUUACAUCAUGACCUUCAAGCGCGAGGCCUGGCUCACCUAUCUCACCCUCGUCCCCGUCGUCACCGGCGUCGUCAUUGCCAGCGGGGGUGAGCCGAGCUUCCAUUUAUUUGGGUUCAUAGUAUGCAUUGCAGCUACUGCGGCACGUGCCUUAAAAUCUGUGUUACAAGGAAUUUUGCUUUCUUCUGAAGGAGAGAAGUUGAAUUCUAUGAACCUUCUUCUUUACAUGGCUCCAAUUGCUGUUGUUUUCCUUCUUCCUGCUACACUUAUAAUGGAAGAAAAUGUGGUAGGUAUUACAUUGGCUCUUGCCAGAGAUGAUGUGAAGAUCAUUUGGUAUCUGCUAUUUAAUUCAGCACUUGCUUAUUUUGUCAACCUGACCAAUUUUUUGGUCACCAAACAUACCAGUGCUCUUACCCUUCAGGUACUUGGGAACGCUAAAGGGGCUGUAGCAGUAGUAGUUUCGAUUCUGAUAUUUAGAAACCCAGUGUCAGUCACAGGAAUGAUGGGUUAUUCACUCACAGUCCUCGGAGUUGUACUUUAUAGUGAAGCCAAAAAGCGAAGCAAGUGAUACUGAUGGUGUCAUUCAUGAUUCUGUGGAAAUCAGCAGUGAAAUCCCUAUAUUUGUUUUCAUCUCUGUGCGGACAACCUCCAGAUACCAUGAGGCAAAUUUGUUAUCAUGAUUAUGACCAGAAUGUUUCAGACUCUAUAAAUUUUUGGCCCUACAUGGAAAAACGGGUUCCCCAUUGUAUUAGUACCUGUGCAGAAAUAGCCCACAGUACAAAGUUUCAAUAAGUGACUGAUCUCUCUAAUAUAUACCCAUGUUGGCAUAUAAUCGAGGAAUGUCUUUUUGUCAUUUAUUCUUUGAAGAAAGAGUUGUAGAAGGAUCUCUACUCAUUUGUUGUUUACAUUGCUUACAUUUAUUUAUUGAUGAUAAAAUUUGUAUCUGGGAUGCGCCAACAGCAUCAUGCACAUGAAUUAAUAUAUUGAUCUUUGCAACUUUUUAGUUUU